AUGUCAACUAACAAAAUCACUUUCAUUACCAAUUGGGAAGCAACUCCUUAUCACUUGCCAAUUUUUGUUGCUCAGGCACGUGGUUAUUUCAAAAAUGAGGGCAUUGAAGUCGCCAUUUUGGAACCAACUGAUCCUUCAGACGUUACUGCUUUAAUCGGCUCUGGCAAGGUGGACAUGGGCCUCAAAGCCAUGAUUCAUACAUUGGCUGCAAAGGCUCGUGGAUUUCCUGUUACUAGUUUUGGUUCUUUACUUAACGAGCCCUUCACCGGUUUGAUUACCUUGAAGGGAAACGGCAUUCAUAACUUUAAGGACAUCAAGGGCAAGCGUAUAGGUUAUGUCGGUGAAUUUGGAAAGAUACAAUUAGACGACUUGUGUAGUAAGUUUGGACUUUCUCCCUCGGAUUAUACAGCUAUUCGUUGCGGAAUGAACAUCGCUCCGGCCAUCAUUAGUGGUGAAAUCGAUGGCGGUAUCGGCAUUGAAUGUAUGCAACAAGUACAGCUCGAGAGAUGGUGUAUUUCUCAAGGACGUCCUCGUUCUGAUGUUGAAAUGCUUCGUAUCGAUCGACUCGCGGAAUUGGGUUGCUGUUGCUUCUGUUCAAUCCUCUAUAUUGCUCAUGAUGACUUUAUCGCGAAGAAUCCCGAUAAAAUUGGUUCCUUCUUACGAGCUAUCCGUUCUGCUACUCUUUCCAUGCUUGAAAACCCUGUACAGGCCUAUAAGGAAUUUACAAGCUUCAAACCUGAAAUGGGUCUUGAGCUGCACCGUGAACAAUUCGAGCGAUGCUUUGCCUAUUUCUCUCGCGACAUCUCCAAUGUCCCAAGAGACUGGAACAAAGUUACUAAUUAUUCGAAGCGUCUCGGACUUGUUCCCCAAGAUUUUGAACCAAAUUGUACGAACGGAUAUUUGACAUGGGAGCUUGACCCCGAUGAGAAAGAUCCUAUGGGCAAGCAAGAAGUUAUCGCUGAAAUACAAGACGGCAUCAAGGAAAAUGGUGGAGUAUUUAGUGGAAAUCCUCUUCGCUACGUCGAACCUGCCACAGUAUAA